UGCAUGACGUCAGUAAAGAGGAAAAGGUUAAUUGGGUAAAAUCAGUACUUGCACUCAAGAUCACAGCAAACGACGCUAUGACAUAUUUUGCAAGGUCAAUUUUCAGACAGUUUUUUGAUAGUUUGACUUCUUCAGAGAAAAACAACCUUCAAAAUUUGCUAGAUAUCGCUCAAAAUCGGCACAAAGGCUACACAUUAACACCAGUACAAGAUCAUCGUGUAUGGGUGGUUAACUCACCGGAGUGUAGGUCUUUGUUAGAGAAGCUUGUCUCAGCUCAUUUGGAUCCAGCAAACCUUGGAUGGGACAAUAUUGGAGAUGUUCAUGUGGACAGCUACUGGAAGAUAGCAAAACUAUACAUGCCACACGGAAACAAGGAUAGCACUUGUCCAGCGGAUACAGACAUGCUUGCAAUGUUUACAUUGUUGAGAAAUUUCAUAGUGGAAGAUUUUGUUGAGGAGAGGAUAGAAAUAGAUCAGAUGAUUUGUCACAGCAAGUAUUUAAUAAUUCAUUCUGACGACAACAGAAUUUCACGAGCGAAAAUGACUGAAAUACUCGAGAAUAUUAAUAAAUUCAUGGAGAGUACAAAGUUGGGUUACGUUAUCAAAUUAUUGACUAAGGAUAAACUUAAACAGGUUCAACUCAUAUCGAAAAGCGACAAAUGGUACUUGUACGAGAUAGUCUUAUCGAAAGAUAAAACAGUUCUUGAAGUUCAACUGGACAGAACUGAGCUAUUCUGGAUCAUCACUAGAAGGCUACUACUGGUUUUUGAAACAGAAUAUGCAUAUGACAUGGGACGUGGUAUGUUUAGUGGGGCAUUAGCAGGAGCGGCCACUGGGGCAUCACUAGGACCAGUUGGUUUAGUAAUUGGUGGUGUAUCAGGUGCCGCUAUUGGAGCAUUACUAGGGUUGUUCAGAAGGUAAUAGGUACACAAUUUUACACGAGACAAUUAUCGGAACAUGUUCACUAUAUACAGUGAAAAAUCAAUACUAAAUAAUUAUAAAUAACAAUUCUGUGAAUUUUCAAAUGACAAGGGGUAAGAAACCCGGCACACACUAACAAUACAAUAUUUUUUGAUGACGUUCUUGACGUUGAUAUUAAUUAAUUGAAAAGUAUCUUCUUUCUAUUAAGAACAGUAUUUAUAAACUAGACUAAACAAUAAUUUUUGCAAAUCCUAGCAUAAAAUAAUUUUACUUCUUUAUCUCUUUAUCAGAAUUUACAAAUCUGACAUAACAUUAAUGCUAGACAGUUUAAAGUUUCUAACCCACAAGUUGUAGUUCGGGAUUUUUUUAAAUAAAAUGUCAUCAAACGAUAAAAUUUCACGUAAGAAUCGAAUAUUUAUAUGAAACUAGAUGAUUCAUACAUAUUCUAACCGACGGAAAAAACAUCGAAGUAAAGUUUUUCCAAGUUUAUCAUGCCAUGUUGUAAUUUUAAACCUUUACAACGUUUUAUUUUGUCAAUAUUUACUUAAAUUAGCCGUUGGUGGCGGGUAAAACAGUUGUGCGUUUAGUAAGUAUUUUAUCCUUCAACGACUGCUGCACAAUAUUUCUCACUAACCAGAUAGAAAAAUCCUUAAAUGUUACUAAAAAUAGCGGUGUUGGAAAAUCUUAUCUCACAUGGGCUUAUCUCACACUCAACGUGCAGCACUUCUAAAUAAUACGCGAUUCACUCCUAUUUAACAAAAAUGAAACGUCAAAAGGUCAAAAUGUAUUAGAAAUUUGUGAGCUAAUCUAUUAAAUUGUCUACGGAAUCAAAAUAGAUUGAUAUUAACUUUCACACUGCAAUGAGUCCUACUCUACCUAGAUCCGCCCUUUCCAAUAACGAUAUGUUACUAAAAAUAGCACACUUUAAAAUAUCGAUCACUCUUCGUAAAAUCAAAGGGACCCGGCACAGUGUUGGGAUAGUGUAAAAAAGUAAUUCUAGAAAAAAAAUAUACUUUAUAUAUAAUAUAUAGACAAGGGGUUGAACUCGCCAAAUCGGCCGAACGCCCGUGGUCCAGUAUAAGUCAAAAUUGCAAAGUCAUUCUUGCGUAAAUCAUAUAAAGCUAUAUAUCAAAAUGUAGCUAAAUGACAUCACUAGACGUUGACAAUAACAUUACUGUCCCAACUUAAACCGUUUUUGAACAACAAACCGAUAUUUCGGAUGACACAUCGUAUUUUUGCUAGGUCGGACACAACCGUGCAACCUGUCCCCACUCGAUUUUCUACGUGUAAAAACGCAAUUCCAAACCAUGACAUUAUAUCAACCCGCAAUAAAUCGAUAAUACAAAACAAAAGAAACAACUUACCGCCGGAAAUUGAUUUUUAAAUUGUUUUAUAGCGUCUGUAAACAAUUAAUUCCUGAAUGUGAAAAUGAAAGUUGUAAUCAGCAUCCAUUGGCUAUCACGUGACCAAUUUGAAACGGAUUAUUUCAUUGGUUGAUUAAAAUAAAAAGUAUUGCUGGGUCACAGAAUCGUCCAAUCAAACGAUGUCUUACAACCGUUGCCGAGUAUGUAUCAUGGCUUCAAAAAAUAUUUUGUCGGAAGAGAAAUAAAAAGAAAUGAAUGUUUGCUAUAAUUGAUUGGUUUUGGAACAAUUUCCAGCGGUAAGUUGU